AUGAAGCCACCCUCUCCUGCUGGCUCUACCUCCAUCAGGGGGCUCUACCUCCAUCGGGGCUCUACCUUCAUCAGGGGGCUCUACCUCCAUCGGGGCUCUACCUCCAUCAGGGGGCUCUACCUCCACCAGGGGGCUCAACCUCCAUCUGGGGGCUCUUCCUCCAUCAGGGGGCUCUACCUCCAUCAGGGGGCUCAACCUCAAUCAGGGGGCUCUACCUCCAUCAGGGGGCUCAACCUCAAUCAGGGGGCUCUAACUCCAUCAGGGGGCUCUACCUUCAUCAGGGGGCUCUACAUCAGGUGGCUCAACCUCCAUCAGGGGGCUCUUCCUCCAUCAGGGGGCUCUACCUUCAUCAGGGGGCUCUACCUCCAUCAGGGGGCUCUACCUCUAUCAGGGGGCUCAACCUCUAUCAGGGGGCUCUUCCUCCAUCAGGGGGCUCUUCCUCCAUCAGGGGGCUCAACCUCCAUCAGGGGGCUCUUCCUCCAUCAGGGGGCUCUACCUCUAUCGCGGCUCUUCCUCCAUCAGGGGGCUCUUCCUCCAUCAGGGGGCUCAACCUCCAUCAGGGGCUCUUCCUCCAUCAGGGGGCUCUACCUUCAUCAGGGGGCUCUUCGUCCAUCAGGGGGCUCUACCUCCAUCAAGAACAACUUCUUCGUCAGGUUGCUGAUGAUGCUGUGUAGAGAUGGCUGUUCUAAACUGGGGGUGUCACUCUCCUCUGGGGACUGCUCAUCUGUGGGGCAGCCUGGAGUGGGGGUGCUCUGUGUCUCACUCAGGGAAGCCUGUUUCUCCAGAAGAGCCUUUCUCUCACCCACUGUGAUUCUGCCUGGCAUGUCUUAUGAGAGUGAUGACGAGGUGGUCCUGCAGUGUUCUGCCACUGUCCACAAGGAGCAGCAGAAGCUGUGUCUGGCAGCAGAGGGCUUUGGAAACAGACUCUGCUUCCUCGAGUCAACAUCCAACUCUAAGAAUGUCCCUCCAGACCUGUCCAUCUGUACGUUUGUCCUGGAGCAGUCCCUGUCAGUACGGGCCCUGCAGGAGAUGCUGGCCAACACAGAGGAGAAGGCAGAAGGGAAAUUCAUGAUGAAGACGGCCCAGGGAGGGGGCCACCGCACCUUACUGUACGGACACGCUGUCCUGCUACGACACUCCUACAGCGGCAUGUACCUCUGUUGCCUAGGCACCUCCCGAUCCUCAACCGACAAACUGGCGUUUGACGUUGGACUGCAGGAAGACACAACAGGAGAGGCGUGCUGGUGGACCAUUCACCCUGCCUCCAAGCAGAGGUCGGAGGGAGAGAAGGUCCGAGUGGGGGAUGACCUCAUCCUAGUUAGCGUGUCAUCAGAACGAUACCUGCACCUAUCGUACGGUACCGACAGCCUGCAGGUGGACGCAGCAUUCCAGCAGACUCUCUGGAGCGUAGCUACUGUCUGCUCCGGCAGCGAGGUGGCCCAAGGGUUCAUGAUCGGCGGGGACGUGCUGAGGCUGCUCCAUGGUCACAUGGAUGAGUGUCUGACGGUGCCAUCAGGGGAACACGGGGAGGAUCAGCGCAGGACGGUGCACUACGAGGGGGGAGCUGUGUCCAUCCACGCCCGCUCCCUCUGGAGACUGGAGACACUACGAGUGGCGUGGAGUGGCAGCCACACUCGCUGGGGCCAACCCUUCCGGCUCCGUCAUGUGACCACAGGGAAGUACCUCAGUAUCAUGGAGGAUAAGGGUCUGUUGCUGAUGGACAAGGAGAAGGCUGACGUCAAGUCUACUGCUUUCUGCUUCCGCCCCUCCAAGGAAAAGCUGGACUUGGGGCCAAAGAGGGAGGUGGAUGGCAUGGGUGUUCCUGAUAUCAAGUAUGGAGACUCAGUGUGCUAUAUCCAACACGUUGCCACCUGUCUGUGGCUCACAUACCAGGCCAUGGACGCUAAGUGUGCACGCAUGGGCGGCGUGCAGAGAAAGGCCAUCAUGCACCACGAGGGUCACAUGGACGAUGGGCUGACCCUGUCCCGCUCACAGCACGAGGAGUCCCGCACCGCACGGGUCAUACGCAGUACUGUCUUCCUGUUCAACCGAUUCAUCAGGGGUCUGGACACCCUCAGUAAAAAAGGAAAUACCUCGACACUAGACCUGCCGAUUGAGUCGGUCAGUUUGAGUCUUCAGGAUCUGAUUGGCUACUUCCAGCCUCCCGACGAACACCUGGAGCACGAGGACAAACAGAACCGCCUCCGAGCCCUGAAGAACAGACAGAACCUCUUCCAGGAAGAGGGUAUGAUAAACCUGGUGUUGGAGUGUAUCGAUCGUCUCCACGUGUACAGCAGCGCGGCUCAUUUUGCUGAGGUGGCGGGGAGGGAGGCCGGGGAGGCCUGGAGGUCCACGCUAAACUCAUUAUAUGAGCUACUGGCUGCGUUGAUAAGGGGCAACAGGAAGAAUUGUGCCCAGUUCUCUGCCUCGUUGGAUUGGUUGAUCAGCCGGCUAGAGAGACUGGAGGCCUCGUCUGGUAUCUUGGAGGUGCUUCACUGUGUCCUGGUGGAGAGUCCUGAAGCUCUGAACAUCAUCAAAGAGGGACACAUCAAGUCAAUAAUCUCUCUGCUAGACAAACAUGGACGCAACCACAAGGUUCUGGACGUGCUCUGUUCUCUGUGUGUGUGUCAUGGUGUGGCGGUGCGGUCCAACCAGCACCUGAUCUGUGACAACCUGCUACCUGGCAGAGACCUGCUGCUGCAGACACGACUUGUCAAUCACGUCAGCAGCAUGAGGCCUAACAUCUUCCUGGGUGUGAGUGAAGGCUCCGCCCAGUACAGGAAGUGGUAUUACGAGCUGAUGGUAGACCAGGUGUUACCGUUCGUUACGGCCGAGGCCACACAUCUAAGAGUGGGCUGGGCCACCACUGACGGCUACCAACCCUACCCCGGGGGAGGAGAGGGCUGGGGGGGAAACGGGCUCGGGGACGACCUGUACUCCUACGGCUUCGACGGCCUGCACCUGUGGUCAGGCUGCAUCGCCAGGACAGUGAGCUCUCCCAAUCAACAUCUCCUCCGUGUGGAUGACGUGGUCAGCUGUUGUCUGGACCUCAGCGCUCCCAGUAUAUCCUUCCGUAUCAACGGUCAGCCCGUCCAGGGGAUGUUCGAGAACUUCAACUCUGAUGGACUCUUCUUCCCUGUAGCCAGCUUCUCCGCUGGGGUCAAAGUGCGUUUCCUGUUGGGUGGUCGUCAAGGAGAGUUUAAGUUCCUGCCCCCGCCGGGCUACGCUCCGUGUUUCGAGGCUGUGCUACCCAGGGAGAAGCUGAGAGUGGAACACAGCCAGGAGUACAAGGAGGACCACAGUGAGACCAGGGAUCUACUGGGUCCCACAAUCACCCUGUCCCAGGCUGCCUUCACCCCUACACCUGUUGACACCAGCCAGGUUGUUCUGCCUCCUCACCUGGAGAGGAUCAGGGAGAAGCUGGCAGAGAACAUCCAUGAGCUGUGGGUGAUGAACAAGAUUGAUCUGGGCUGGACCUAUGGAGCUGUACGGGACGAUAACAAGCGGCAGCAUCCUUGUCUGGUGGAGUUCUCCAAGCUUCCUGAGCAGGAGAGGAGCUACAACCUACAGAUGUCUCUGGAGACUCUCAAGACUCUCUUGGCCCUGGGUUGCCACGUGGGGCUGGCUGAUGAGCAUGCUGUGGAGAAUGUGAAGAACCUCAAGCUCUCCGCCACUUAUGAGCUGUCUAGUGGCUACAAGCCUGCUCCUAUGGACCUGGGCCACAUCAAGCUGGCCUCUACCCAGGAGGCCAUGGUGGACAAGCUGGCGGAGAACGCUCACAAUGUGUGGGCCAGGGACCGCAUACGCCAGGGCUGGACCUACGGCAUCCAGCAGGUGUGUCACCCAAAGGAUGUGAAGAAUCGUAGGAACCCCCGCUUGGUUCCGUACACUCUGCUGGACGAGAGGACCAAGAAGUCCAACAAGGACAGUCUGAGGGAGGCUGUCCGCACCCUGCUGGGGUACGGAUACAACCUGGAGGCUCCGGAUCAGGACCAUGCAGCGAGAGCUGACAUCGGUAGCAUGUCUGCUGAGCGGUUCCGUAUCUUCCGAGCCGAGAAGACGUACAGUGUGAACGCUGGGAAGUGGUACUUUGAGUUUGAGGUGUUGACGUCGGGGGAGAUGAGGGUCGGCUGGGCACGGCCCGGCUGUCUACCUGACCAGGAGCUGGGCUCUGACCACCACGCCUUCGUCUUCGACGGAUUCAAGGCCCAGCUGUGGCACCAGGGUAACGAGCACUUCGGCAGGUCGUGGAGCCCAGGUGACGUGGUGGGCUGUAUGGUCGAUCUGAACGAACACACCAUGAUGUUCACCCACAAUGGAGAGGUGCUCCUGGACGACUCAGGGUCCGAACUGGCCUUCAAAGACUUUGAGGUUUGGGAAGGUUUCAUCCCAGUGUGCAGCCUGGGUGUGUGCCAGGUCGGCAGGAUGAACUUUGGUAAAGACGUGAGCACGCUGAAGUACUUCACUAUCUGUGGCCUGCAGGAGGGCUACGAACCCUUCGCUGUCAACAUGAACAGAGACCUCACCAUGUGGCUCAGCAAGAGGCUGUCUCAGUUCAUCCCUGUACCUCCACAGCAUGAACACAUUGAGGUCACGAGGACGGACGGCACCGUGGACACUUUUCCGUGUCUCAAGGUCACCCAGAGGUCGUUCGGCUCCCAGAACAGUAACCCAGACAUCACCUUCUAUCGCCUCAGCAUGCCUAUAGAGUGUAACGAGGUCCUGGCCAAGUCACCUGGCGGGACGCUGCAAGCUGGUGGGGGCUUCUCCUUCUCCUCUAAGAAAGACCUGGACGACUUUGAGACCGUGUCCGACUUCGAGGUGUUGACGAAGUCCGCCCACAGCACCCUGGGCUCCAGCCUGGACCAGGAGAAGGACCAGUUCAACAACCAGAAAGACUACAACCAGGACAAACCCUCCAAGUUAAAGCAGAGAUUCAUGUUGAAGAGGACCAAGCCAGAGUUGACCAGCAGUACCUCUUCAGCCCGUGUAUCAGAGGAGGUGUUAUCUGACAGGGAUGACUAUGACUUCUUCAUGCAGACCUCCACU